UUGGCUAACCAGUUAGUCGUCAGCAAUUUCGUUUAGGACACAGCAACUCCGCCGCCGCAAGUUUUUGCUUAUUUUAGCAUUUUGAGCAAUCAAAGUGAAGUGACUGGUCUCGCAAUCCGUGGCGUUUGCCGCCGGGUAGCUGGCUGCCCAUCGGCAGAUCGGGACCAAUUUGCAUACUCAAUAAGUAUUAUACUAUAAAUUCUUUCGAAGUGCUCGUUUCAAGUCGAAUAGAACCAAAAUAAAUAUUCAAGUGCAAACACGAAACAUAAGUUUAUGCCUAUUGGUACAAAAAAUUCAUAUAUUUUAAAGUUUCUUAUUACAACUAUAAAUAUGAUAACAAACCCGCCGAUUGAAAUCAGAAAUAUUACGAAGCUUAGCAUUUAUGUAAAUACUCUAAAGGAAUAGCACACACAACGAAAACAACAAGCCUUACGCAUCCGAAUCAGUGAAUAAUAACUAGUCAACAACUAAUUUCGACGUGUUUGACAAAUUAAAUACUAUAUAUUGAUUCGGUAAUUAAAAGGAUAGCGAAAACCCAGUUGUUCUUAAUACUAAAAACGCGACGAAAUGAUGUUAACUACGGAACACAUCAUUCAUGGCCAUCCCCACUCAUCCGUGGGCGUCGGGUAGGUGGGUCAAAGUGCAUUAUUCGGCUGCUCCACAGCGGGUCACAGUGGCAUUAAUCAGCUUGGUGGCGUUUACGUAAACGGCCGACCCCUCCCAGAUUCUACCCGACAAAUUGUAGAAUUGGCACACUCUGGUGCGCGGCCAUGUGAUAUUUCGCGUAUACUGCAAGUGUCCAACGGAUGUGUUAGUAAAAUUUUAGGCAGAUAUUACGAAACCGGAUCAAUAAAGCCUCGAGCGAUAGGUGGUUCAAAACCACGAGUAGCCACAACGCCGGUCGUACAAAUUGCCGAUUAUAAACGAGAAUGUCCAAGCAUAUUUGCAUGGGAAAUACGAGAUCGACUGCUAUCGGAACAAGUUUGCAAUAGUGAUAAUAUUCCAAGUGUGUCGUCUAUUAAUAGAGUGUUGCGUAAUUUAGCUUCACAGAAGGAACAGCAAGCGCAACAACAAAAUGAGUCUGUCUACGAAAAGCUGCGAAUGUUUAAUGGACAAUCUGGUGGUUGGGCCUGGUAUCCUGGUAAUACUACAACGGCACAUUUGGCUCUUCCACCAACACCCACGGCAGUACCAGCCAAUCUAUCUGGCCAAAUUGCCCGAGAUGAAGUGCAAAAACGCGAUUUGUACCCCGGCGAUAUAUCUCACCCGAAUUCACAUGAAAGUGAGUCAGACUGCAAUUCAGAGCAUAAUUCAUCUGGAGAUGAGGAUUCACAAAUGAGGCUACGAUUAAAACGUAAACUGCAAAGAAAUCGAACAUCGUUUACUAAUGAACAAAUAGAUAGCCUCGAAAAAGAGUUUGAAAGGACGCAUUAUCCAGAUGUUUUUGCACGGGAGCGGCUUGGAAAAAUUGGUUUGCCAGAGGCACGUAUUCAGGUUUGGUUCUCAAAUCGACGGGCCAAAUGGAGAAGGGAAGAAAAACUACGCAGUCAAAGACGUUCUGGUGAUAAUGGAGGCGGUGGCAACGGACGCACAAGCACCAAUAAUACCAUCGGAGGAGGCUCUGUGCCUAAUAGUGCAACAGCGUCAAGCAAUCCCACGUCCGGCGUUGUGAGCUCGGCUGGUCCAGAAGGAGCUUCUUCCGUCCAUCCCGGCAACAGUAGCAGCACUAACAUAACUGAAACAUCGAAUGGUCCAACAAUUCAUGGUGGAGAUGUUAGUUCUGCGCAUCCCAACUCGGAAAGCCCGCCCCUGCGCAGUUGCCCCCGUUUGCCGAUCAACACUGGUUUCAAUACAAUGUACUCGUCUAUCCCGCAACCAAUCGCAACUAUGGCUGAGAAUUACAAUUCAAUGACGUCGUCGUUAAGUUCCAUGACAUCGUCGUGUUUACAACAAAGGGAUAGCUACCCAUAUAUGUUUCAUGAUCCAUUAUCACUGGGAUCUCCCUAUGCGGCUCACCCACGAAAUACAGCCUGCAACCCGGCUGCAGCUCAUCAGCAACCACCACAGCACGGAGUUUAUGGAAACAACUCUGCAGUAACCACAACAAAUACAGGUGUGAUCUCUGCUGGAGUUUCGGUGCCUGUCCAAAUAUCAACACAGAAUGUCGCGGAUUUAACUGGCAGCAGUUAUUGGCCACGCCUUCAGUGAUCUUCAAUCUUUAGAAUACGCACGGAUUUGCUUUCGAAAGCGACAGCUGCUGCAGUUUCUGAUACCCACUAUGAGUAGAAAUCACAUUCGCUGAAGCCCACGUCAUCUCUCUUUAUGGACAGCCCAGAAGUAACCGAGCCCGACGAAAUAGAUUCAUCUUUGGUGUACAUUAAGUUGACUGAAAAGUCAAUCAAUCAAAAUAGUUUACCACCUAUUACAAUUAUAUCAGUGCCAUCUGAUUCACACUCGUGUAUGUAUUAAGCCCAUGCAACAAGUCCUUCCCAAAUGAUUCCAAAUAAUCGUCAUCAGUCCAUUCUUAUCUUUAAUAAUAAAUGGUUAAUUAAUGAACGCAUUCAAUAUGAAUUUUUUGUGUCAUCGUAAUUUCCGUUUUUACUCGCCACUCAUAGCAUUGGUAGCAUUGGGGCUCCAGGAAAUGUAUGUAACAGGCAGAAGGAGGCAUCUUCGACCCUUUAAAGUAUAUAUAUUCUUCAUCAGCGUCAACAGCCGAAGCGACAUAGUCAUGUCCGUCUUUCCGUCUGUCCGUAUGAACUCCUUGAUCUCAGAGACAAUGAAAGAUAGAGAUAUAAAUUUUCGAUAGAACUUAUUAUGUUUCUAUUGAAAAAAACUUAAAGCGAGAGUCGCGAGUUUUGGUACAUACAAUCAAACUAUAGACUUUGUGAUUCCUGAAAAUUUAGCUUUUUCUAAUCAUUUUGUAUAUUUUGUACUCUACAGUAUACUUCGAAUAUAUCACUAUAUCAAUAUACCAAUUAUUGCCUUCGGUAUAUAUUAGUAUUUUGUGGUACAUUUAUUUCAAAUAUUGUAGUAAUAAUACCGCGCUGGUUUGCUUUUAUUCGAAAUGAGUAGCGGGAAUCUCACAGUCUCUCGACUGUAGCUUUCUUACUUGUUUAUUUAUUUUCUGUAUUCAAAACACAAUAUAUAUGUACAAAUAUAUGUGUAUGUAUAUGGGCAUACAACAUAUCUAAAGAAUUUAAAAAAUAAGUUCAUUUACUUUUCAAAGCAUAUUUUUAUUUUUAUUUCUUUAUCUAAAAAACCAAAAGGGAAAUUGUGUCAAUUUAAUUAUCGUGUCCAAAAAAAAAAUAAAAAAAAAUAAGAAAACUUUGUGUAUUGGACUUAUAAAUUUUCCAAUACACCUAAUGAAUAACUACACUAUUAUUACUAUAAAAAACUCAUUAAAAAUACAUUUUAAAUUUGGUUUUAUUAACAACCAUUUACAUCAAAUGUGGUUGUUGUUAUGUUACCAAAUUAUCAGUCUUCAACUUUAAAUGUACAUGCACCAUUCACAUUUUCGUAUAUAUUCACAUAUGAAAAGUAUUGCCUAGAAACUUGGGAUCUAUGUAUAUAUUUGAUACGUGUACUUUACACAUACGAAUUUAGAUAUCUUGCCCAGGACCAUAAAGAAUUUGGUAAUGCAAAAUUUAUAUUCUUCCUAAAAACGUAGCCGAUGUAUGCAUAUAAUUUAACUUUUAAUUGGAAAUGAUGGCAUAUCUUGACAAAUUUUCUUGAUUUUUAGAUCACCAUUUAACAAAGUCAAUGAGGAUAGAUUAUAUUGGGGAAGAAAAUUUAAAUAAAAACAGAAAUCUAUUAUUUUCAUUUUGUAUUUUGUUUCUGACAUAUAGACAAUCAGUUUCAUCGAUUUUAAGCAUAUUACACAUAAUGAGACAUUGAGUGCAUUAACAAAUUUGUUGUAACGAAUCAAAUUUGACCCUCAUUUUAAAUAAUAGGUAAUCUAAACACUUAUAACUAAAAUCCAAGGUCUGGCCAAGACAAAAACAACAUGUGUAAGAUUAUAUAUAGAUCCACAUAAAUUCAUUAUUUUAUUUAAAAAAUUAAGAAAUGAAUAUCAAAGAGCAAUUGACAAAAUUAUUAUAUACUCAUGAAGUCAUAUAGUCAUUAUAGACUAUAUAUAAUAUAACGCUUGACUUCGUGAUAACAUGUGCUCAGUACUUAGUUAUACUGACUCAUCUUAAAUAAUGCCAUGCCAAAAAGGCGAAGGCAUUGAUUUCUUGGAUGGAACUGGUAAAAAUAAAGAAAGAUCUAUGUACAUACAAAUCUACAUCGUUGUUAAACCGCAUCUAUAAUUUAUUUCUAGAAUGUAUCCCAUUUUUAUUUAUGCCAAUAAUAUGAGCACAGACCAACCACGUAUUUACUCAAAAAUAAUUUUAAGAAACAUUACAAAACUGUAAAAGUAAAAAUAAACGAAUAAAAUUGCAUCGACAUUUUGUUUACAAUUCCAACAUGGCCAAU